GGACACUUCCUUGCCUUCCAGGUCGCGGUGCGGAGUAGAUUCUAUGCUCCAUUUUCUGUGGGCCCUAUUUUUAUUUUGAUUUGGUUUUCUCACCGAAAGGUCUGAAAAAAGGAAAGAAAAGGAAAAGUAAUCUUUGAGUGGAUUACCAUUUGCAAGUUUUUAAAAAAAUUUUUAGUUUCAUUCCUUAGUAAAAUAGACUAAAAUGUCUUCUGCAUCUAAGUACGGUGAUAAAAUUUCAGAGAUUUGCAACAACGGAUGCAUCUCGUUCGCCUUGUCAAUUGCGAAGGAUACAGGAAUCUUGCCCACUUUGCUAAGUGCUUCAAAACCAAUGACUUCACAGGAAAUUGCAGAUGCUAAUAAACUGAAAGAGAGGUAUAAAACAUAUGUCAGAGAAGUACUGGGCAGUCUGACAGCUGCUAAACUCGUCCGCCUGCAAGAAGAUGAAUCUGGGGACAGCUUGUACUUCCUUAAUGAUGAUGAGAAAAGGGUUUUGGAAGAUAGCGGAAUCAUGCCCUGCAUUUCCUUUACCAUGAGUUUAGCAUCUGUGUACAGCAAAGUGAGAGCCUGCUUUGCACUGGAUGGUCCAUAUGGUCAUCAUUAUGGGGAGGAGGCACAUCAAGUUAUCGGUGAAUUCAACAUGCUCUCAUACAGUUCUACCAUAAGCACGUUCCUAAGGCAUGUCCCUGAAUUAGUAAGAAAGCUGGAGGCUGGCAUUGAUGUUAUUGAAUUUGGCUGUGGGUGUGGAAAUGUGAUUUCAGAACUGGCUACCAAGUACCCCAACAGUAGAUUUACAGCAUCGGAAGUAAACAGUGACCUGACGGAGAAGCUGAAAGCCAAAUGGGGUCACAUUUCAAACUUGGCCUUUGAAGAGCACAAUAUCUGCCACCUCAGUGAAGAUUUGGUGAACAAAUAUGACUGGGUGAUGACUGUUGAUGUUAUACACGAUCUACCAAAUCCUCAAGGGGCUGUUGCCUCAAUAAGGAAAACUUUGAAAGAGCCAGGUGGUGUGUAUACUUUUGUGGAACCUGUUGGUUCGUCUCGUGGAACCCAUAAAGAGUCCGUUGGAAAUAUGUCAGUUGCUGGGUUUUAUGCCUUGAGUGUAUUUAUGUGUUUACCAGAGAGCUUUCAAGAGCCAAACAGUGCCGCUUUGGGUCCCUGUGCAGGACGAAAUGUUAUGGUAGACAUAAUAAAGAAGGCAAAUUUUGAUGCCACCUGCCAUGAGCUGGAUGAUAUGUUUACCUUAUUUGUUGCCAAGGUCCCUGGGGCGCGUGAAGGAGUCAAACGUUCUGCGCCAAGGGACUGGUAAAGUGCAGUUGCCAUCAUACAUAUUAGCUACGGAGUGGCCUGAAGACAAUUUUCUAAAGUUUCAGUUCUCUCUUGAGUAUUUUUUUUUUUAUUUUGUGAAUUUUUUUCAUUAUUCACCCCCGAAGUUUACAAAAGGCUCACAUCUGCUUUUCAGUGGGAAAGAAAAGCCUCAAAAUAAGCUAGCAAUACAAGGUCAAAAUUAAAACUCCUCUGUUUUAAUUUCUUAUGUAUCUGUUUUAUGUACAUUUGUACUUAAACAUAACUCUUUCCGGAGGUAUCACUCAAUAUUUGCAUGAGUCCAUACCUCUUCUGGACAUAUCGUAUCGGCAACGAUGGGGUGUCUCUGUUUUGUUUCAUUUUAGCAUGAUCCGUUAUUCAUAAGUACUUAUUACUGUUUCUAGAAAACUUGGAAAGGAUUUAGAAAACAAAAACUUCAAAUUUCUCUUUGUCAAAAUGUCAGUCUAGUAAUAACAAAUGAGUGAAUUCAUUCUUGCAAUCUUGCACCAAUGAAACUAUAUAACCAGACUCGGUAGAAAUAUCAUUACUCAAAUGAAAAUUGGAGUAUUGCUUGAAAAAAAAAAAAA